AUGGCUAGAGAACUUAUUCAAAAUAUAAAAGCGUUGCAAAUUAAUUUAGCGAGAUCACAUGUCGCAACAGCACAACUAAAGACUUGUAUCUUUGAAUACGACUUGAUUUUUAUUAUUCAAGAACCAUACUGUAUCAAUGACAAGCCGUCUGGCUUUCCGACUCAAACACAUUUUUCUCCAAAUGAACAUCCCAAAACAGCCACAGUGGUGGUUAAUCCACGACUUACGGUUCUGAAUACUUACGCUUCUUCUACUUUAAAUGUUAUUACAUUAAAGAUUGAAAAUAGGACAAUAACCAUUUUCAACUGUUAUAGUCAACCUAUAACGGACUUAACAGAUUUAACUAAUCUGUUAAACUUAGCUGAACGUUACUUUGAUGAUCAACAUGAUCUUCUUCUCCUUGGCGACUUAAAUGCGAAAAGUGAGCUCUGGGGCUCCCCUUUUGAGGAUCCCAGAGGACGCACACUUAGAGAAUUUUUAACAAUGCAUAGACUGGUUGUUGAGAACGAUCCGGAUGGUCCCCCCACCUACAACUGCACAAGGGGAAAGAGCUGGAUUGAUAUUACAGCUUCCAGAUCAAUCUCUUCCACGUCUUUCAUUCAUAAUUGGAAAGUUAUGGACUGUAUCACUUUAAGUGAUCAUUGUUAUAUCUCUUUUGAAAUUACGUAUCAACAUUCUAGCUCAACUCAAAGAGUCAAAUAUAAACUUACACAAAUGGAUUGGCUCUUACUGAAGGCAAAAAUUGGUCACUUUUUUGGUUCAAUGGAAUCUUACUUGCCUAAAGAUACAGUUGAUCUUAAUCAACUUAUAAUUAAGUGGACUCAGAAAAUACAGGAAUACUGUGACUUGGCAACCCACGCCAAGGGAAAAUAUGUUAAAACUCAACACAAAGGUGUCCCUUGGUGGACCCCGGAACUCUCAAUAUUACGAAAAAGAAUCCUCGCUUUGAGAAAGCGUUAUCACAAAUGUAUUUCAUGA